AUGAUGGCAAAACCAAAUGGUAAAAUUCAAUUCAAGAAUUUACAAAGUCAUGGAGUAUUAGCGGAUCCAGAUUUUCCAAAGAGAACGUGGAAAUUAUUAAAGACAGCAAUGAGACAAAUUCAUCAACAAAAUGCAAGUAAUCUCUCAUUUGAAGAGUUGUAUAGAAACGGAUACAAUAUGGUAUUACAAAAACAUGGUGAUUUAUUAUACAAUAAUCUAAAGAAGAUGGUCGAUAAACAUUUGAAAGCGGUUGCUAAAACUGUAUCAGAAUCAAUCGAUGAAAAGUUUCUACUAGAAUUAAACUCGAGUUGGAUCAAUCACAAGACUUCAAUGUUAAUGAUUAGAGAUAUCUUGAUGUAUAUGGAUAGAAACUAUGUUAAACAAAAUAAUCUCUCUAGUGUUUUUGAUCUUGGACUUUACCUUUUCAGAGAUAAUGUGGCUCAUUGUUCAACAAUUAAAGAUAGAUUAUUAAAUACUCUCUUAUCAAUGGUACAAAAAGAAAGAGAAGGUGAAGUUAUUGAUAGAAUUUUAAUAAAAAAUAUAGUUCAAAUGUUAAUUGAUUUAGGAGUUAAUUCUAAAAAUGUAUAUAUUGAAGACUUUGAAAAACCAUUGUUAUUAAAGACAUCAUCACAUUAUCAAGCACAAUCACAAACUCUCAUUCAAACAUGUAGUUGUCCAGAUUAUAUGAAAAAGGUUGAAAUUUGCUUAAAAGAAGAGUUGGAAAGAGUUUCACAUUAUUUAGAUAGUAGUUCUGAACCAAAAUUAAAAGAAGUUUGUGAAAAACAAUUAAUUUCAAAUCAUAUGAGAACUUUAAUUGAUAUGGAAAACUCUGGUUUAAUUUCAAUGUUAAAAGAUGAUAAGAUUGAAGAUUUAAAGAGAAUGUAUAAUUUAUUUAGUAGAGUAUCAGAUGGUUUAAAUUUAAUGAAAGAUGUAAUUAGUAGUUAUGUUAAAGAAAUUGGUAGAGGAAUAGUAAUGGAUGAAGAAAAGACAAAAGAAUCAGGUACUUAUUUCCAAUCAUUAUUAGAUCUUAAAGAUAAAUAUGAUAACCUUUUACAAAAUGCAUUAUAUAAUGAUAAACAAUUCAUUCAUUCAAUUCAACAAGCAUUUGAAUAUUUUAUAAAUUUAAAUCCAAAAUCACCAGAAUAUAUUUCAUUAUUUAUUGAUGAGAAAUUAAAGAAAGGAUUAAAAGGAGUUAGUGAAGAAGAGGUUGAUAUCAUAUUGGAUAAGAUAUUGAUGUUGUUUAGAUUAAUUCAAGAAAAGGAUGUAUUUGAAAAAUACUAUAAACAACAUUUAGCAAAACGUUUAUUAUUGGGUAGAAGUAUAUCAGACGAUGCAGAACGUAACAUGAUUGCAAAGUUAAAGACAGAAUGUGGCUAUCAAUUCACAUCUAAAUUGGAGGGUAUGUUCACCGAUAUGAGAUUAUCACAAGAUACAAUGAGUGGUUUUAAAACUUAUAUUCAAAAUCUAAAGAAGGCAUUACCAAUCGAUUUGAAUGUUCACGUUUUAACCACUGGUUUUUGGCCAACUCAAAACACUGCAAACUGUAAUUUACCUCGUGAAAUCCUCUUAUGUUGUGAGGCUUUCAAAUCUUAUUAUCUAUCAAAUCAUAAUGGUCGUCUAUUGUUAUGGCAAACUAAUAUGGGUACCGCAGAAAUUAAAGCAAACUUCCCUUCGAAAUCUCACGAACUUCAAGUUUCCUCCUAUCAAAUGGUCAUCUUAUUACUCUUUAAUGACCAAUCGAAAUUAACCUUUAAAGAGAUUGCUGAUCAAACUGGUAUUCCAACUAUUGAUUUAAAGAGAAAUCUUUUAGCUUUAACAAAUCCAAAGAAUAAAAUUUUAGAUAGAGAAUUACCAUCAACAACAUCAUCAACAACAACAACAACAACAACAGCAACAUCAUCAUCAACUUCAACUUCACCAUCUAGUAGUUCAUCUUCAAUCUCCACUCCAACACCAAGUAAAUCAAUUGAUGAAUCCGAUGUAUUCGCUUUUAAUACUAAAUUUAAGAGUAAAUUAUUCCGUGUUAAAGUUAUGGCAGUCGUUCAAAAAGAAACACCAGUUGAAGAGAAAGAAACUCGUGAUAAAGUUGAUGAAGAUAGAAAACAUCAAAUUGAAGCUUCCAUCGUUCGUAUUAUGAAAGCUCGUAAAACACUUGAACACUCUAAUCUUGUCUCUGAAGUCAUCAAGCAACUUCAAUCUCGUUUUGUUCCAAAUCCAGUCAUUGUAAAGAAACGUAUCGAAUCUUUAAUUGAAAGAGAAUAUCUUGAAAGAUCAAAACAAGACAGAAAGAUUUAUAAUUAUAUGGCUUAA